UUCUUCACCAAUGGCUCAUCGUCUCCACAGCGCUGACUCACACGCCGGGCCCGCUUUAAAAGUGCCGUUGCCUCGGCAGGCCGAGCACUCCGCUGUGGAUUUUUUUUUGGGCUUGGGGAAAACCUCCGAAGCUGGAAGAUGGAGCUCAGCGGGCUGCUCGUGCUGCUCGUGCUGCUCGGUUGCGGCCGUUCGCUCUGUGCGGUGGUGCAGUGGAAGGAACUCAACGAGGCGCAGGCUUAUUUGAAGCAGUACGGCUACCUGAAUGAGCCCACUGACCCGGAGGACCCCAGCUACCUGGAGGAGGUCAUCGAAGCUCUCAGCAUCUUCCAAAGGGUGAACGAUCUGCCCCCCAGUGGCGAGUUGGACGCAGCCACCCUGGCCGUGAUGAGGCAGCCUCGCUGUGGCCUGGAAGACCCCUUCAACAAGAAACAGCACAAAUACAGACUGAUGGGUCGCUGGAGGAAGAAGAGUCUGACUUACCGCAUUUAUAACUACACACCUGACAUGAAGAAGGCCCUGGUGAAAACAGCCAUACGGAAUGCCUUCAAGUACUGGAGCGACGUGACCGAUUUGGCCUUCAGAGAGGUGGAAUACGGACGAGGCGACAUCAGGAUCGCCUUCCACAAGAGAAACGACGGCUACUGCGCCUCGCCGUUCGAUGGCCGUGGGAACGUACUUGCCCACGCGGAGGCGCCAGAGUCUGGAAUGGUCCACUUCGACGAGGACGAGUUCUGGACCGAGGGGACGUUCUACGGGUCUAAUUUGCGGAUCGUGGCGGCUCAUGAAAUCGGCCACGCGCUCGGCUUGGCUCACUCUCAGUUCAGAAGCGCCCUCAUGGCCCCGGUGUAUACUGGUUACCGUAGCAACUUCAAGCUUCACUUCGAUGAUGUGCGAGGCAUCCAGGCACUAUAUGGCAAACGCAUCACUGCCACUUUAGCCAGUCCGACGCCUUCACAGGGUGCCUUUCCCACUGAAGAAAGCAACAACGGCACCGAGAGCGUCCCCGACCCGUGCACGGCCGCGCUGGAUGGAAUCAUGCUCGGUCCUUGGAGGAAGACCUUCGCCUUCAGCGGGAACUACAUGUGGACCGUAUCCAAUCUGGGACACAACCCGCCAUUAAGGAUUAACAGGCUGUGGAAGGAGCUCCCCGGGAACCUGAACGCAGCAGUGCACUCUCCGAGGACCAAUAAAACGUAUUUUCUCAAAGGCAGCAGAGUGUGGCGGUAUUCUGGCUUUAUGCUGGACUACGGCUACCCGAAGAGAGUGCAGCGCAUCUCUCCUAACAUCGACGCAGCUUUCUACCUGGGGAGCAACAAGAGGCUGAUUUUCAUUAAGGGUUCUCAUUUCUGGCAGUGGGACGAGCUCCAGUACAACACUUUGACCCCCAGGCCGCUGUCAACGAUCUUCACCGGCGUGCCGUCCAGCCCGGACGCCGCCUUCACCUGGACCAACGGCAAGGUGUACUUCUUCAAGGGAGAUGACUACUGGCGAGUCAACGAGCUGCUGAGGGUGGACAGAGGAUACCCUCUGAGCAAGGAAGAGCGCUGGAUGGGAUGCUGAGGGUCGCUCUGCAGGGGGCAGCAGACGCCAAAAA